AUGUGGAAAUUAGUUCAAUCAGGACUGUCGGUAGUUGCUGGAACUGCCGAGCCAGAAUAUGGACCAGAGGCAAUACACCCGGUCUGCUCCAACCUGUCUAAAGACGAGCCUUUAUACUCUCCUUUGUCCCCAAAAGACCUGGAGUACCAAGUGCCGAGCCAGACAUGUGUGGAAACCCAGACGUUCUACUUCGCCGAUGAGACAUACUCCGGAUUUGCCCAAGUGAUACACUCAAAUCUGGUUGGCCUGCAUACAACGGCUCAAUUUACCUUCAAAGCUUUCAAGAAGAGCAAACCUAAUGCGUAUGUUUGGACCUCCACCAAGUUGGAGAACUUCACGGUUGCCGGUCCAAACUUUUAUGCCGACAAUCUGUCCAUUGAAGUCGAUGAUGCUCUUCGAGUGUACCGUAUCAAAUCGUCCGUUAAUCCUGCUAGCAUUGUUGAUUUGAAUUUGGAGCUUAUUGGCGAAAGCGUGAAAUUUGGAAAGGACGGCACCACCUAUUACGGGACAGACCUUGCCAACCCAUGGGGCUCAAUGAGACACAUUUUCUGGCCUCGUUGUAAAGCCUCGGGAACUAUCAAGCUGGGAGGCAACGAGCAAUUUGAACAAGAUAUUACUCUGAACUCGGGACUCGGAAUGUAUGUUAUGGCACUUCAAGGCAUGAAACCACAUCAUGCUGCCGCUGCAUGGAACUUCCUUAACUACCAAUCGGAGAACUAUUCAGUCGUCGUGAUGGAGUUCACCACUCCGAAAUCGUACAAUACAACCACUGUUAGCGUUGGCAUUGUCACCGAUCAGGAUGGAAGGAUCUUACUAGGAUCGGUUGACAAUACGACGAAACAUCUCAAGACAUACACAGACCCUGUUUCUGGCUGGAACGUUCCUGGAGAAAUCGAGUUUACUUUGAGGGGAAAGAGUGUCGAAGUUCAAGUUUCCGGCGCCCUUACCAACUUGAGCGAGCGUGUUGAUGUGAUGAAUGAGCUGCCUCAAUUUGUGAAGAACAUUGCUAGCGGAGUGGCUGGCACAAAGCCCUACAUUUUCCAGUUUAGCAACGAACUUGAUUUCAAACUCGUUAAGGACGGCAAAGUUGAACACACAGAAACUGGCUACGGAUACACCGAGACAACGUUUAUUAGCGAUGUCAUCAAACCAUCAAACUAA